AUGUCUGUCGAACGGAAAAACCCACUGAAUAUACUAGCUGUUGGUGACUCUCUAACAGCUGGUUAUCAUAAUUAUGGCCGAUCGUAUCAUCCUUAUUCAAUACAUUUAACAAAUUUAUUCGAUUCAAUCAGUAAGCCUGUACAUAUAACUGAAAAAGGAGUCAGUGGUGAACGAGUUGUUCCUUCGAUGGUGAAAAGACUUCGUCACCUAUUGGAACAAGGUACAUACUAUGACUGGAUUAUUGUACUCGGCGGUACGAAUGAUUUUGCUGACCAACGACCGGCUGAGCGCAUAUUUAAAGAAGGUUUGGAACCAAUGUAUAAAAUGUGUCUUAAUCAUUAUCAAGGAAAAGCUAAAUUGGCAGCUAUGACUGUUAUUGAAAAUACAAUUUUUUCACCGACACACGAUGCAGAUGAAAAUAGACAAAAACUGAAUCAAAUGAUUCGAGACUAUGUCGCUCAGAGUAACGAUCCAGAUAGAGUUUUUCUGAUAGAUCUUGACCGAGGCAUACCCUAUCAUUCUGUCAACGAUACUGCAGAACGACGUCGAAUUUGGGAUGAUACUCUUCAUUUGACACCUGCUGGAUAUGAUCGUAUAGCAACAUUAGUGUUUGAUGAAAUCAAAGAUAAAAUAUAA